UCCAUAGCAAAACACGACUUAUGCAUCAGGCUUUCAUGCUAAAAUUUUAUCACUGCUUUUGCCAGUGACAAUACAAUAGGUUACAAAACAUUUUUGGAUUUUAGCUUAGCGUCCCUGCUACAGGAUGUUGCCAUGGAAAUACCUUGCAAAAGACCAAAACAAAUCGUCGAUGAAUAUGUCAGUAGCAAUUUAUCCUAACUAGCCUAUUUAACGGUUAGAAAAAUUAAAGGUUAGCUAACCUAGCUUGCUAGUUUCAGAUCACUAAACUACACUAUUCGUAAACAGAAGCAACGUUAACGUGGGUCUUUAAUAAUAACCUAACCUAAGAGCAUGUUGGCUAAAAUAUAGCAAGCCAUCUUAAUUUGUUUGCAUAUUUACCUUGCGCUUCUAUUACCUCGCUAUCUUAUUUAACCUAAAGGUUUUAUUAUUGUUGUUAUUGCUAUUUUUCUCCACGAAUUUGAAGAAGUUUAGGGACAGUUCGUAAAGUACCAGGCAAGAAAUGUAUCACUUAGUUAAUAUGCCUAGGUAAUCAAACUGACAUUACUGUACAAUACAUUUGUAUUAAAUAGCUAACUGGGUUGAUUAGAAAGCUAGUUUUUAAAUUAAAACAGCAACCAUAGCUAGUUAGUUAGCGUUACUUUUACGCGAGACAAAAGAUAUGGAAAAAUACGACCAAAUUCUUACACUUGGAAGAGGUGGAGCAGGUGUCGUCUUGCUCAUGAGACAUAAAGAUACAAAGAAAGUGUAUGCUGUGAAAAGAAUACAGGUUGACAACUCUCAGAAAACCAAGACCAAAGAGGCUGUAUUGCAAGAGGCUGAAAUUCUGAGGAGUCUCAGACACCCCCAUAUUGUGACAUGGGGUGACACCUUUGUUGAUUCAACAAAUGGGUACGUCUGCAUUGCUAUGGAUUACUGUGAUGGUGGAACACUGGAUGACCAGAUUAAAGAGAGGAAGGCAGAGGAAUAUUUCUCAGAGCUUUUGAUUAUGAAUUGGUUUGUUCAGAUUGUCAUGGCAGUCAAUUAUAUCCACUCUGCAAGAAUUCUUCACAGAGACAUUAAACCUUCCAAUGUGUUGUUAACCAAGAGGGGUAUGAUUAAGUUGGGAGAUUUUGGAAUAUCAAAGAUAAUGAACCACACUCUGGAUAUGGCUUCCACCUGUGUAGGAACACCCAGGUACCUAAGCCCUGAACUGUGCCAGGAUGUUCCGUAUAGUACCAAAUCUGACAUAUGGGCCCUUGGCUGCUUGCUGUAUGAACUGUGUGCACUCAAACCAGCGUUUGUUGCUAAAAAUCUGCUGAGCUUAUUUUACAAGAUUAUAAAGGGGCAAUAUAGCCAGUUGCCUGAACUGUACUCAGAUAACCUUCACACUUUGAUCGACAAAAUGCUAUGUAUGGUUCCUGAGAGCAGACCAAAUGCUAGCAGCAUUCUGAGCAUUUCCUAUGUGCAGAAACAUCUGGACCAGUUCAUUCAGCAUCAGGAGACUGAACUGACAAAGGUUAAUUCUGAACUCAAACCUCUGGCAAAAGACUUUGCAUCUACUGAAGAUGCAACAUUAACCUGGAAGGACACUGUUGUUCAUAUGGAAAUGCACACUCCUCAUGAAGCCCCAAAUAUGGAAGAUGGUGGUGAAAUACCUGUUAUUGUCAAGGAGGAGAUGGUCCAUGGUAGAACUGAGUCUGAUUACUCGGAAGAUUUUGAUGAAAAUGACAGCAUGUCAUCUGUUGAAGACAUUUCAAGGAAUGUUGACCAUAUGAUUCCUGAGGAGCCACAUGAUGUUGCAAUUAUCUCUGAUGAUGUGGACACAGCUGAGUACCCAGAUGACUUUGAGGAGCCUGACGAGGAUGAGUUGGCUGAAGUGGUGAACUGUGCCAGAAAUGCCAUGGAGUUAACCUCAGAAGGUUCCCUUGAGCUGAAAGAUGCUGGUGGUCUGUUGGUUACUGUGAGAACUCUGAGGGAGAAGUAUAUUGAGGAUGUUGGGCCCUUAUUUUAUGAGGAGAUCAGUGGGCAUUUUCUGAAUGGCCUGAAGCCAGAGGACUUGCAACCCCAGUUCCAGCACAUGGUAGGGACAGAUCAUCUGGAGACCUGCUAUCUUAUAUUCAAUAUUGACCAAGAGACUACAUGUUGAGCAUCCAGCAUUUUUAGUGACUUUAAAAUGAGUAAAUAUUGAAUUCUCUUUCAAGGGUCAUGGCAGUAAAGUGCUAGAUACCAUUGACUAUCAUUGACCAUACUAUUGACUGCUUAGUCCAUGCAUAAAAAUACGUUUAAAGCUUUUAAUUAGGCCAUUAAGUAUUUUAAUUGCUUAAACAAAAACAGUGGACUCAAAUUAACUUUCUUCUGCUUAAAUAAGUUGGAUGUUAUGCCCCAUCAGUUCAUGAACAGAUGUAGGUCUUAAUGGUAUUUUUACUGUUUGAAGUCAAUCAUGCUGAAAUGUUGAUUUUUUUCCAGAAGAGAUUUAGAAACCAGUCCUAUAUUCUUUUAGCAAAAGAUAUCAAUAACCUUUUGGAAAACAGACAAAAAGUCUAAUUUAUUUUGUUGUAUUGAUUUAAUGUUUGAUUGUUUUAUUUUUUAUUUAUGUGAUGUGCAGUGUUUUAGUGUGGUGUGUUUUUACAAAUAAACACAUUACUUAUAUAGCUUGUCAUUUGUUAGGGUGACCUCAUUUGUAUAUUAAUGUUCUUAUAAUAUAUUUGCUCUAAACAUUUUUCAGAAAUGUAGGAAUACUUAAAGUUUAAAAGUCCUAAUUCUGUUGAAUUACAUGUGCUGCAUGUGCAUGAUUUAUGUUUUAUAAUUUAAGGAUAAUCAUGUGACUGUAGAUGUUUAGGGUGAUUAUAUGUGGUUUUGCAGGACUGUCUAGUGAGCUAGCCUAGAAGAGGCAGUUCCACUCACUGACUGGCCGGGUGGCUUUGUUGAAACAUGCAAUGCACGAGAGAUCUCAGCACAUCAGUGCAGUGGUUGGCAGACAAGAUAAAAAUAUCUUGUUACCUAUGAACAGCAAUCAUUGUUCCCUCAUUAAUAACGUAAUUAGGCUUGUAGUUAGGUAUGUAGAUUAUAUCCAAUAAUGAUUUAAAAAAAACUAUUGUUAACUGAUUGCUUUGUUGAAGAUAAAAACGUUCAAGCUUAUUGGCUUGUAAUGUGGGUUUUUUGUGAUAAUGCUAAUGUUUAGCUAUUGAUGUGUUCUACUUUGUUCAGAGUCCUUUUAAUAAAUAUAUAUGUGCUUUGCCCAGUGUGAAAAUAAUAAAGUUUCACUGUUCAGGACUUCCAAACAUUAGCUGUAACAUGAUUAAUCUAUCAGAGUUUAACAUUAUGUCAGUGAUUUGUUAGAUACUGCAGACAAGUGCUUCAGGAGAAAAAACGUAAGUAUAAGUAUCUUAUUCUCUUUAAGGCAAUAUUAGGGUCCUUUUCAUAUGGAUCUUCCCAUUGCUAAAAUAUGCAUAAACAUUUGAUAGCUCUCUAUUCAAAACACUACAUUAUGUAACCAAUAGAUGGCAGUCUGUAGUCAGAAGAAGAAGUGGAAAGGAGGCUGUUUUUGUUUGUGUCUGUGAUUUUGCUGUUUGUGUUGCUUUCAUUUUUCAUUAUGUAUUUAAUUUUACUACUUUCAUUAUGUGGCGUGAUGCUGAUGACUACUGUUGUUAUUACUAUGGUACUGAUGAUGAUCAUUUAAAAAAGUUGAUAUUUUGCUAGGCACUUACCAUUAGAGAAUGGUUAUGUAAAGAAUGUUUUUUGUUUUGUUUUUUGUUUUGUUUUUUUAACUUGAAUUAAAGUA